GUCGUCCUUGGCACGGCAAUUUCCCAAUUAGAAACACGUGAAUUUGCUCCCCUACUUAGAGACAUGUGGCCGGGACGUUCGUGUUUUCGCAGACUUAGACAACACUGUCUGGGGGGAAAACUAAAAACCAAAACAUGUACGCUUUGGUGAACGCCUUCAUGCGUUGCCUCUCCUUUCUCUUGCCUCCUUCUUGGCUUUGUGUCAGCUUUUGCUUGUGGGUUGGGAAUGAGUGCGAAGAGACGCUACAGCGGCCCAAUCCCAGAGCUCGUUUCAAAAGCGGAGAGCCUCUUACAUAUGAGGAAGUAAAAGCAGCAACAGCAGCAGAAGCAGAAGCACAAGGAGGCUCCAGACCGUCGGUCUCACCAGGUCCAGACUGCGUCUCGCUGGCUGCUACAAGCCCCGCUGCUCCUAAGGGCCCUUCGUCGGGUCUGAUUUGGAUCGGGGGUCUCUGGCGAGCCGUGGAGCGCGUCUUCGGAGCCCCCUGGGUCCUUCUCCGCCAUCACCUGUGCCCGAAAAGGCGACGUGCAGCUUUGGGCGCCCAGUAUCCUGUCUGUGCCUUCGAGUCGGGUAAGAUUAAAAGCUUCCAGAGAGGCGCUGCUGCUGCUGCUGCUAAAAUCGUGGACGUGAAGGGACCGGGUGGAACCACCUUGACUUAUUCGAAGAAUAUGAGCGGGUCCGUGGGGGUACCCAGUGUGAACUCAACGGAAUGCGCCUCGGAUGCGUCGGGGGAGCAGGGCAUCGAUGAGGUAAUUACCGUGGACCAGCUCUCGCAGGAGAUGGGGACGGUGACGAUAACAGUGGCCAUUCAAGCGGCUGAGGACGAGGAACCCGAGGAAGUGCCAUCCAAUAAUGCUGACUUCCUCGGAGGUAGCUGUAGCGAGGACGAAAUCGGAAGACAUGACAAAUCGAGUGGUGCCGGGACCAGCGGAGGAGAACUGGAGGAGGAGAGCUGGCAGCCCCCGGAUCCAGAGCUUAUCCAGAAGUUGGUUACUCAGAUUGAGUACUACCUGUCUGAUGAAAACUUGGAGCAUGAUGCCUUCCUGCUUAAACAUGUCAGACGUAACAAACUUGGGUUUGUUAGCGUCAAGUUGCUCACCUCCUUCAAAAAGGUGAAACACUUGACUCGUGACUGGAGAACCACUGCUUAUGCUCUGAGACACUCAAAGAUCCUUGAGCUGAAUGAUGAGGGGCGUAAGGUGCGCCGUAAAUCCGCAGUACCAGUCUUUGCCAGCGAAUCACUGCCCAGCCGCAUGCUACUAUUAAGUGAUUUGCAGAGGUGGCCAGAGCUGGCUGCUCUCACUAAGGAUAAUGGAAGUGCUGAAGGAGGAGCCACUCAACAGGAGCAGCUGAUGAAACUGUUACUGAAAGCAUUUGGAACAUACGGUGCCAUUGCCUCUGUUAGAGUCUUGAAACCUGGGAAGGACCUGCCGGCUGACCUGAAGAGGCUGAGUGGUCGCUACGCUCAGCUGGGCACUGAAGAAUGUGCCAUUGUGGAGUUUGAGGAGGUGGAGGCUGCUGUUAAAGCCAACGAAGCUGCGGGGAGUGAGAACGGAGGACCCAGUUUACUGGGGUUGAAAGUGGUUCUGAUUGGCACCAAGCCACCUAAAAAGAAGGUACCAAAAGAACGUCCUCGUGAGGAAGGCGGGAUGCGGAAAAGCCGCUCUCUAAACAGCCGGGUACGAGAGCUUCAGUAUCAUGGGGACGACUCUGCUUGCAGCUCUUCAGAGACGGAGAGCACCCCUACAUCUCCCAGAUUGGCUAGAAAAUCCCAGUCGUGCAACAAGCUCAGCCCCACCACUGCAGGCAUUAGCUUCCAGAAUAAUCACCUGAGUCCAAGUAUGUCCCCACGUAACAGUCCCUGGUCUAGCCCUCGUGCCAGCCCGUGUUCUCAGCGCAAAGCUCCUCAUUCCCACAAGUCUCCCUUAGCCGUUGAGGGUAGACUGAGCCCUGAGGCUGGGCGUCGUUGGGCAGAUUACUCCUCAGACAGUAGCCUCACACCUUCAGGGAGCCCGUGGGUUCAGCGGCGGAAGCAGGUGGCAUCGCAGGAAAGCAGCCCGGUCGGCAGCCCGAUGCUGGGUAGAAAGAUCCAGAAUGCUGAUGGCCUGCCGCCAGGAGUAACGAGGCUGCCAAGGGGUCCUGAUGGAACUCGUGGCUUUCACUGUGUGGCAUUUGAAAGGGGAAAGACUGCUGCUACUCAGACUUGAUAUGUGGAGCCUCAUUAUGUAUUCGCUGACCCCCCAGAAAUAAAAUGAGAUAUAGGAAAUUUAAACAGUUCUUGGCCAUGUUGCACAAGCCCCACCCCACAUUUGAGACUGUGUAGAUAUAUACUUUUUUUUUUUUUUUUUUUUUUUUUUUUUUUUUUUUUUGAGUGCAUCAGUUUUGAGUCUGUUAUAUUUUUAUACAACAUUUUGAGUUACCAUGGUAACAUUAGUGAUUCACUAAUGGAAAUUUGAGUGAAUGUAAAUUAAUAUUGUUUUGAGAGAGAACUUUAAAUACACCACUGACAUGAACCAUGCCACCUCCAUUGUAUGAGAGCUUGUUCUACUUGGGGUGACCUGGAGGAAAGAAUUCCACUUUUCUUUUACUUUUUUUUUUUUUUUUUUUUUUUUUUUUUUUUUUUUUUUAAGUUGGGGGGGGGAGGGGGGGCGCGUCUUGUCCUCUUGUAUGUUUAAAAAAGGAAAAAAAAAUCUUGUUUGUGGAUGGCGUACAAAUGUGUAAGUCUCACAGGCACAUGGACUUGAUAGAAAUGUCGCCAUAUGCCUUUUCUGUGUUUGUCUAAUGCGAGUUCCAUUUUUACAAACUACUUAAACUGAGGCCAUAAUUGCUCCACUGCCACGAAGAUUGGAAUGUUCAAAUUGGACAUUAUUUUUGUAAAAAUUUUUUUAUUUUUAUUUUUGGUACACUUGGUUGGAAAGGUUCUCCUUAUCCCUGUAAAUGUUCAGCAGGUAGCUGCUUGAUUGUUGCUGGGGUUUUUUGUUUUUUGUUUUUUUUGGUUAAGUUUUACUUCUCCUUGCCAUGUUUUCAUCAGUCUAAGCCCACAAUGAGGUUUGAGGGAUUUUCAGGUCGGGCAGAAUAGAUGCUCUUAUGUUCUUGCCUUUACAUCUGAGCUGGGGUAUUUGUACACUGCAAUUCCUAUUGUACAAAUAAAUCACUAAAUAUGCA